AUGUUUAUUUCUUUUUUAAGAGGUGGAGGUUGUGCAGCCACAAAAGUUCCAAAGAAUAAUAAAAGUAAUAAUAAACAAGAGAUGGAGAGAGGUCAAUAAAAAGUAUAGUUGACAAAUAAAGAAAAAAUGGCGAAAUUGAUAUAAUAACAUAGUGAGAUAAUUGCUAAAAAUGCAAUAAUAGCUCUGAGUGAGAAAAAGAAGCUUUAAUCUAGUUUUUAAUUCUUCUUAGAUAAUCAAUAAGAAUUAUGGGAAUUGAUAGUUAAUAAAGAUGAAGGAAAUUAAAUUUUAGAUGUUAUAUUAAUAAAUAUUAAACCUUUGCUUGAUGCUUUAUAGAUUUUGAUAAAAGGAUUUAUAGAACAUUCAGUUUAUUUAUCCUAAAUAAUCUCAUUAUUAUCAUGGAUAGUAUUUUGUUUCUACAUAAAUAUUGGAAAAACAGAUAGGUUUAUGCCUAAAAAAGAUCAACGUAAAUAUUUAGAUGCUAUUAAUUAAAUUAAAUCUGAAAUAGAUAUUGAAAAGAAUAUUGAUAAAUACUAAAAUAAUUUAGAAUAUGAUCUUUAUAUAAUAGAGUCAAUAUUUACGAUACUUCCUACAGAUGGUGAUGAAUUAUAAGAAAUAGCUAAGUAAUUUUUUGUUGGAGCAGCUACUUCAUUUUUAUCAUUUUCAAUAGAUCGUGAAUUUUUAGAGAGUUUAAAGAAUGGAGUAAUUUAUAUCUAUAAUGAACAUGAUAAAGCAUCAAGAAAGAAAAUAUUAAAGAUAAUAUUUGGUUUAUUAUAACUUAAAUAUGAAAUCGUAAGUAUAAUAUAAGGAACAUAUAAAAAUGAAUAAAAAGAUACUUAUGCUUAUUUAGAUCAAUUAAGUAAUGUCUAUAAAGAAAUAGUAAGUAAAUCAUCUGAUUGGUAAAUCUGGUGUACUUGGACUAAAGUAUUGUCAUAAUUGUUUUAAUAAAAAUUGAUUCUUCCUUCUUCGAAAAUAUAAUCUCUUAAAAUUUCAGAUUAACCAUUUAUACAUAAUAAUGCAAAUACAUGUUGGUUAAAUAUAGAUAGUAGAUUAAUUGAAAGUAAUGCUACAGCUAAAUUAUUAUUUGAAAAUAUUGCAGAAUUAUAAGAACUUGGUAGAUUGUAAUAUUCUAUUUUAUAUGGUUAUUAAUAAAUGCCAAGUUUUGAAUAUUUAUAUUCUUCUAAACUUACUUAAGCUAUCGAAAAAGAAAAUUAAGAUGCAUUUUCAUUUAAUUUAAGCACAGUAUCUAUUAUGUAGCAUAAUGCAUAAGAAAUUUAAAAAGCAUAAUAAUAAUUAUAAUAACAUAUUUAACUAUUAAGUAAAACUAAUAAGUCUAAAAUUUAAGAUAUAAAUAAUAAUUUAUCUAAAGCUAUUACUAAUACUAUUUAAUUAUUAGAAUUCAUUUAUUCACUUCAUGAAAUUGAGAAUCCUAAUGAAAAUGAAUUAGAAUCUCCUAAAUAAAUUAUCAGUAAAAAAGAUUAGCCAAAAUAACAACCACCUGAAGAAAUUUAAUAAGAAUCUGAUAAUAAAGAGAAAAGAUGGUUUGAAGAAAUUUAUAAAUUGAAAAAAAGUUAUAUCAAAACUUUUGUUUCCUUUUUUUUGAAAAAACUUAUAUAUUGUUAAAGAGAAAAUAAUUAAAUUGAUGUUAAAAUAAAAGAAGAAUUUUAAAGAGAUUUUUUAUUUAAAUAAGAAAUUUAUCAAGAUUCAAUUUUAUAAGAUAUUAAUUUUUAAUUGAAUAUUUUAUAAUUACUUAAAGAUGUAAAAGAUAAAAAAAAAAAAUAUAAAAAAAAAAGUACAAGAACUGAAUUUGAAAUUCUUGUUAAUAAAUUUGAAGAUGAUGCAUUUGAAUUAAUAAAUCUUUAAGAUUUAUAGACAAGUCUUAAAUAUAUUAGAAUUAGGAAUUCUAAAUAUCAGAUGAAUAAUGAUAAAGAUUAUUAUUAUGGAUUUAAAGAAGGAUAAAAUUUACUUUAAGGAGGAUCAGCAUUUUUAAGAUGGAAUUUAAGAUUACUAAUUAAGAUGAAAUAUUAUAUUUAGGAACUAGAUUAAUAUAAUGAAAAAUCACCAACUUUACAAACAGAUUAAAUAAUUAAUUCCUUAUAAAUAUUUUCAACUUAAUUAUCUUCAAUUAAAAGUAUUCAGAAAUGCAUUAAAUUUUUUUAUAGUAAAUUUGAAGCUUGUAUAAAAUUUAAAGUAAUAGGUAAUGGUUAGAGGAAACGUAAUGUUAUUUAUUAAAUUGCUAAAAAUAUUACUUUAAAAAAGUUUGAGACUCUCAAUAUGGUGUAUUAAAUACAUAAAGAAACAAUAAGAAAAGUAAAAAAUGAAGGUGUAAUAUAUAUAUGUUAAUCAAUGUUUUAAGCUAUUUAGAAUGAUCAUGAUAAGUUUUUAGAUGAUUUAAUUUAAAUUAAAAGAGCCAUUUAAAUGGUAAUUGAUAUUUUAAAGGCUAAUAAAAGCAAUAAAUAACUAGGAGAUGAAUUAGAAUUAUUUAAAGAUAAUAAUAAAAUUUAAGAAUAAAAUAUAGAUUAUCCAGAUAAUCAUGCUAAAUGGUUAAAAAAUAAAGAAAAAUUAUUUUAAAUAACUAGUUAUUAUUAAAACUAUUAAACAAGUUUUAAGAGUUGGUAAUAGAAGAAUUAAAAUUUAUAAUAAUCUAAUAUUUGGAAGGAUAUAGAAAAGAAAUAAAAAUUAAUAAAAGAUUAUAUAUAUAAGAUUGAGUUAGCUUAAUAAUAUAAAACAAUUUAAGAGGAUGAUGAUAAUGUUAAAAAAGAAUUAUAUGGUUAAGUAAAUUAACAUUUUCUAGAGUUAUUAUCAUUAAAUAUUUAAAAUGAAAAAGGCAUAUAAGAAAUAGAAGGAAAUGGAAAUAAUAAAAUUGAUGAAACGACUAAGUUUUUUGAAGAAUUAUUUGAGAAAAUAAAAGAGAUUGAACAUUAGGUAUAAAUUUAAUUUGAUAAUUUGAAAUUCAUUAAUUAAUAAUAGGGAAUAUUUUAUGGUUUAAUUAAUAAUUCAUAAUUAUUAAAAAGAGCAAAUUCUUAAUUUUAGAAAAAAAUAGAUUAAAAUGAAGAAAAAAUAAAAGAAUUGAUAGGAAUAUAUGAAGAAAAGUUACCGAAUGAAAUAUAUGAUUUUGGUAAAUUAAAAGAUAUAUUUAAUAAUUAUAAAUUAGUUUUGAAUGCAAAUUUAAAAUCAGAAAUAUUUUUUAUAUUAACUUAGAUAUGGAAAAAGGAAGAUGUAACAUCAGAUCCAAAUUAUUAUGAUUAAUUUAAAGAAGCAGCAAGUGAUUUAAUAAAUUAAAAUAAAUGGAGAAUAAGAUAAUCAUGUAUAUUUGAAAUGUUAUAAUUUAAAACAAGUUGUUUAACAUAAGCAACAUCUGAUUUAGCUCGUGGUUUAAUAGUUAAAUUUCAAAUAUAUGAGACAGAUAGAAGAAAUAAAUAAUUAUUAGAUGAUUAAGAUUAAAAUUAAGUUACUAAUAUGUUUUAAUAAUAUUGGGCAUCAUAAGAAGAAGAUGUCUAAAGUAAAAUAAAAUAAAAAUUAGAAGAAUUAAAUGAUAUAGCAUAUAAAAUAACAAUAGAAACUAAAUAAUAUGAAAAAUUAAAAUUUAAAAAAAGGUAUGCAGAAUUAGAAAGGGAAAUUUAAGGAAUUGUGAAGAAUGCUGAAAGUUUAGGUAAUUCUUUAGGAACUAGUUUAUUGUUUUUUUAAGAUAUAAAAAGUGAUUUAGUGAAUAUUUAAUCUCAAUUAAAAAGUUUAUAAGGCUCAAUAGAUUAAAUUUAAAAGGAUAUUCAAUAAUUGUAAGGAAGAACAAUAAAAGAUUUACUUAUUAUAAGAAUGUAAAGAAUAUUAUAAUAAAGAAUCAUAUUAAAUUCUGAAAGUGUGUAUAUACCAAUUAAAACUAAGGAAAAAUAAGUAUCUGAAAAUUUAGAAGAUGAGGAAACUCCAUUAUAUACAGAUGAUUUAUUUAGUAAUGGAGAAAUUAAUGAAUUUAUAUGGAAAUAAUAGAAAUUGAGUUUGUUGAUUCAUGGAUAAGCAGGAUCUGGAAAAAGUACAGCUGCUAGAAAAAUAGAAGAAUUUUUAUGGCUUUUAUUUAAAAAGAAUAUGAAUAUAGCAGAAUCUAUUCCAAUAAUUCCUAUCUUUAUUUCCUUACCUUAAUUGAAAGAUCCUAUUUCUAUGGCAAUGGAAGAAACUUUGAAAUCAGAUAACUAUAGAUUUAAUGAUAAAUAAAUUAUUGAAUUUAAAGAAGCUGUUGAAUAAAAUUAAUUUAAAUUAGUUAUUAUUAUGGAUAGCUAUGAUGAAAUUAAAUCUGAAUUUACUAAUAGAAAUCUUAUUCUCUCUAAUAAAUUGUAUAAGUGGAGAUGUUAAUCAGAUAAUCUUAGAUUUCCUAAAAUUAUAACUACAUCAAGAUCUGAAAUGUUUGUAAAUACUGACUAUAGAUAAUGGUUCUUACCUGAAUCUGAAAAUCUUCAAUUCUAUAAAGAAAUUAGAUUAUUAAAUUUUACUAAUCAAUAAGUUAAUACAUAUAUUGAAUAUCAUGUUAUUUUGUCAGUCAAAAAAAUUAUAAAGGAUUUCUUUUUUAAUAAUAAAGAUAAUAAUGGAUUUUUUGCAUUUGAAGAAUUAUUUAAUGAAGUCAAUAAAGUUAUUAAUGAUUAAGAAUAAUAAUCUGAUUCUCAAGAUUAAAUAUUCUUAUUAUCAAAGAAUCAAAUUGAAAAAAUUCUAUCUCUAUGUGAAAGUUUUGCAAGUGGAGACAUAGCAUUAACAAUGUAAUAAUCCUUAGAAGAAAUUAAGUCUAAAGAAUUUUAUUUUAAAAAUAUUAAAUAAAUGGAUAUAACAUCCUUAUUAGAAACACCUUUCAUGAUUGAAAUUGUGGCAUCUGUUUUACCUUAAAUGAUUAAACAUAGAUAAGAAUUAAGUACUCUUAAAGAAUCAUUUCAUAAAAAACUAUUCUAAUAAUAAAAGUACAAUUAAGAAGAUGUAUAAAAAGAAUGGACAAAAAUAGUCAGUCAUGAGAAAUUUUUAGAGGAUUAUGUAAAAGAACCAAAUGAUAUUGAAAGGGAAAAAGUUCUACUUAAUUAUUUUGGUUAAUAAGAUGAUUUUACAAUUUUAUAAAAUGCACUUUAAUUAGAUCCUUUAUGUUCUUAUGAUUUUUAUGAGUAAUUUUUUGGUUAAUUCUUUAAGAGAUAAAUAAGUAAAUUAAAGGAAUCAGGUGAAUCCUUAGCUUACAUUUCAAAUUUAGCUGAUAUUUGGGAAUUUACUCAUAGAUUAGCUAAUGAUAUGACUAUUUCAUAAUUAAGUUAAGUCUAAUAUACACCAAGAAUAUUAUUAUUUCAAAAAAAUAAGGAUGCUGAUUGGAGAGAUGUAUAUUUUAAUGAUGAAUUAGAAUAAGGUUAAAUAAAAAAACUGUUUAGAAAGAUUAUGCCUAUAAGAUAAAAAUAUGGAAUCUAUUCAUUUAAUCAUAAAUCAUUAUAAGAAUUUUUGGUAGCAAAAUGGUUGAUCAAUUCAUUAGAUUAAUUUAAUUAAGAUUUAUAUCCUAAAAAAGUUUAAGAUUUUACUGUAAAAUAGAUAAAAGAUUUGAAUACAUAACUUGAUGACUUAUGUGUUCAUAAUUUAUCAAAAGAUUAUAUGAAUGGUAUUGUUAAAUUUAUGAUUGAGAAAUUAAGUAAUAAUUAAUUCUUGUAAUAAAAACUAUUUGAGAUUAUUAAUCUCUCUAAAAUUAUCAGUCUCUCUACAAUUAUUCCAAAAAAAGAUUUUAUAGGGGAAGAUGAUAAAUUAAAAAUGAGUUAGAGUAUUAAAAUUAAACGAUCAUAAACUCAAGUAUUUGCUUCAUAAAAUAUUUAAGAAAAUUUAUAUUCAGUAGAAGAAAAUGCAUAAAGAAUUAUUUAAGCUAGUUCAAACAGUUUAUAUCUUCUUCAUAAAUUGAAAUAUUAAUUUUAAUAAGAUCUUUCGGAUAUAGUUAUUAAUGAUGUUGAAUUAAUAGAUGCUAAUCUUGUUAAUGUUAAAUUGUCUAAAUCUAAUUUCAGUAAAGUCAAUAUUUCAUAAUGUAAUUUUAAUUUUGCAGAUCUUAGUAAUGUUAAAUGGAAUUAGAUAUUAAUUGAUGAACUACCAAGUUUUUAAGUUGAGCAUGAAGAUGAUGACUAUAAAGAACUUGAUGUGAACAAGCUAUGUUUUUUCCAUUACUAUAAACCAUAAGAAUAAAUAGUAUUAAUGAUUAAAAUUUCUCCCAAAAAGUAGAAUCAAGAUAAAAACUUGAUUCUAUGGUAUGAUUAUAAAAAUUAAACUUUAAAUAAAAACAACGAUCAAGAUGAAAUUUUUAAUCCCAAUUUAAAUUAAAUGUUUGUUUCUAAAAAUUAAUAGAAAUAUGCAUUUUUUUAUCAAAAUUCAAAAAAUUUUAUUCAAAUCAAAAAUUCUAAAAUUGAAUUAGAUCCUAAAUUUAUUUGUUAAAUAGCGAAUUUUACAAAUAAAGAUGAUGAAUUACUUGUUGUAUCAGACUAAAAUUAGAUAAAGAGAAUCAAAAUAGAUUCAAAUGACAAAGAUAACCUUAUAAUUGAUAAUCAAAAUAUAAUCUAAAAUACAGCGCCUGACGAGAUAAAUUAAAUUGCAAGCAAUUAGAUUUAUUUUAUUUUUCUAUCAAAGGAAAAGGUUUUUUUUGUUAAAAAUGAAAGAAUUUAUAAAUUCUACUACAAAUGCUCACAUAAUAAAUGUGAAGAAAUUCGAAAACAAAAUCGCUUUUCUGAAUGUCUAGAAAUAGUUAAAUAUACACUUAUCGAAGUUAGUUAGAAUUAAAAUAUUUUAGUAUUAGGGUUUCUUGCUAAAUUUAAUAAAUGUUAAUUUUUACUUAUAGAGGAAUUAUAAGUUGAAGAAGAAAAAAAUUUGAUUACAAAUGGCAAAUUUAAACUAUUUGAAUUAAAGGGGGAAGAACUCAAAGUUUAAUUUGUUGAUGAUGACAAAUAUAUCGUAACAUUUUCUACUUAUAAUAACGUAACAACUAUGAGCUUAUGGAAUUACAAAGAGAAAUAAUUAUUGUCUUUUAAUUUGUUAGAUGAUCGAAUUAAAUCAAUUACUAAAAUAACUGAAUUAUUAAUUGCAACUAUUAGUGUUUAAUAGAAAAAAAUUUAGAUUUGGGAUUUACAAGUUUUACUCAAAUAAUAAAACUCAAGUUCUUUAUCAACAAUUACAUCCUGUAUUUUUUCAAACAAUAAAAAUAUUAUUUCAGGAGAUAACAAUGGAAUUAUUUAAAUUUGGGAUACUGAAAAAGGAAUGAAAAUCGGAAAGGAUUUAUAACAUAAUAAUGCAUCUGUAACAGCACUAAGAACAUUUACAAGAAAAAUUUAUAAAAAAACCCAAUAAAUUUUAUUAUCAGGAGAUUCAAAGGGUUAUAUCAAUGAAUGGGAUAUAAUAAAAUAAUAAUUCCUUCAAUCAAUAAAUAUUAUUAGUCCUAUUAAAUCUUUAGAAAUUAUAAAAAACAGUGAAGAUAAUAUUCAGUUAUUUACACAUAGUUAGUAGAAUCAUUAUUUAUAAUUAUGGUCUAAAGAUUAUCAAUCUUAUUAAUUAUUUUCUAAAUCGGACAAAGAUUAAAAAAACUUACAUUAAAUUGAACAAACAAAUAUAACCUCUACAAUAAUUUUUUUAAAGGAUAAAUAAAUUUCACCUAAAAAAUGUGAUGGUCUUUAAGCUUCUAUAAAUUGUACUGCAUUUACUAUCGGGAAAUAUACAAAUGAUUUAUAUUUUGCAGGGUAUAAAUUAUAAUAAAAUAUGGAAUCUUAAAGUUACAAUAAUCUAUUUAUUAAUGUAUAUAGAGAAGAAUUUGACUAAUAAACAUCUAAAUUUCAAGUUAAGUUUAGAGGAACUAUUCAAUUGAAUGAUAAUUAAUCUGAUAAAGUUACUUCAAUUAUUAAAGAGAUUAAUUCAUAAAGAUUAUUUGCAAUUACUGAGUAAUCUGUAUAUAUCAUUAAAAUCUAAAAUUUAACUAUUGAGAAAAGAUUUUAUUACGAUAAGAUUGGUAAAAUAUUAGAUAUAUAAAUUGAUGAAGAUUUAUUAUUUAUUUGUGGAAAAAGUGUUGAAAUUUAAAAUAUUAGAACUGAAAAAUAAAUUCCAAUUAAUUAAUAAUAAAUAGAAGGAGAAUAAUUUUGUAAACUUGCUUAUUAUCGAUUUAAAAACAUAUUAUUUAUAGGUACAACUAGUGGUAAACUUAUAUUAUAUGAUUUAUUAUGUUGUAAUUCUAAAGUGCAUUAUUAAUACUAAAAAGAUGAAAUAAUAUACUUAUAGAUUCAUAAAAAAUAAGUAUAAACUGGCUAAGAAGAUGUUCUUGUAUCUGCAGGAAAGAAUUCCUUAAUACAUUUUUGGUCUCUAAGUGAUUAAGACUUAUAAUAAUUGAAAGUUCUUGAAUCUAAAAAUAUUUUGGAAAAUUAAGAAAUUAAUAGAUUAUGGUAUUUUGAUCAACAGAAUUUUAUAAUUUUUUAAAAUUAAAACGGUUUUUUCAUAGCAGAUUACAAUAACUUAAAAUAUUAUGCUAUUGCAAAAUAUCAUCCAUAAAUCUUAUGUGAUUAUAACUAUUCAUAAUAAGUAUUUUAUUAAUAUGAUGAUAAAACACCUAUUUUAACUAAAACUAGAGUUUUAUAAGAAGCUCAUAAAACUUAUUUUUAAGAAAAUAGUUCAUAUAAAGCUGAAUAUAUGCUGAGGGAUCAUAAAAAUAAUUAAAUUAUUACUUCUGAUGGAGAUGCAUAAAUCAUCUUUUGGAAAAUUGGUGGUGAUUAUGAGAUUUAUUAGAUAGAACCAUUUAAAAUUAAAAAACCAUAAUAGGUUUCUAUUAGUUUAUCUGAAAAUGAUUAAAAACUAAUUUGUGGUUGUUAUUGUUAAGAAGAUGAAUAAUUUUAAUUUUCUUUAAUAUCUCUUGAAAGUCAUAAAACAGACCUAAUAAAUUUGAAUAACGAAAGCUAAGAUUUAUUACAAGGUAAUAAACUUAUUUAAUUGUAAUUAUUACAUCCAAAUUUAUUAUUGAUUUUAACAGAUAAUAAUAUAAACAUUUGCUUUAUAGAUAAAGAAUAAAUUUUAUAGUAAAUUAAAGAUCCCUCAGGUAAAUCUAAAGGACUAGCUGUGCUUUAAAAUGAAGUAUAAAAUAAAGAAUAAAAUAAAGAAUAAAAAGAAGUAUUUAUAACGUAUGGAGAAUUUAAUUAACUUACUUACUAUCAAUCAUUUGGUGAAAAUGAUUAAUUUGCCUCCAAAUUUAGAUUCGGUUCAGCUAUGAAAAAAUUUUCUUGUGAAUAUGCAAAUAUCAAAAAUUCUUAAUUUACGUCAAAACAUGGAAUUAAUUUAAAAAAAAUUUUUGAACAAAAAAACAAUUUUUAUUGA